ACAUUCGUCUGCUACAAGAGCACAUAUUUAAAAACAAUAACUAAGACAAAGCCCCGUAUUCUGCACAGCCUCAACGUGGUCUUGACACUGCUAGUUAAUGUUCUUUUGUUUUGGCUUAUUUGCGGCGUUGAGACGUGAGGGGGCGUGCCGUGACCCCGCGGUGGGUGAUAGAUUCGCAAGGAAAGUCAACACCAUUCCACCAAGAUGGCCUCACAUUCAGUUCUCCGAACGGCAUAUCUGGUCUCGUUUUCUGUUCUUCUCACAGUUGUGUUGGGUUUUGGGCUGCCUGCUCUACUGAACGCGGCGAUGGCAGUUUUGGGAUUACCGGAGACCAGUGUGACUGAGUGUAUAGUCGUGAUGUAUUUAGUUUUUGUGUUGUAUGUUGCGCUGCCCCGAAUUCCCAGAGGAUUGGUGGAGGUGAAGGGGAAAGCUGUGUUUAUCACAGGCUGUGACAGUGGAUUUGGCAAUGCACUUGCCAAACAUAUGCACAAGAUGGGCUUCACUGUCUUUGCUGGGUGUCUUCUGAAGGAUAAAGGUGGAAAUGGUGCAAAGGAGCUGGAGGAAUUUCAUUCAGAUCGCAUGAAAGUAGUCCAACUGGAUGUCUGCAGCGAGGAGCAGGUGAACCAGGCUGUGGAAUAUAUUAAAGACAACCUUGAGGACUCUGAAAGAGGUCUGUGGGCUGUGGUGAAUAAUGCUGGCAUGUCAACAUUUGGAGAAGUGGAGUUUACCUCCAUAGACACCUACAAACAGGUGUCAGAGGUCAACCUGUGGGGCGUGAUCAGGGUCACCAAAGCUGUUCUUCCAUUAAUCCGCAGGGCCAAAGGCCGCAUUGUGAACAUGUCCAGCAUGUAUGGGAUAUAA